AUGCGAUCUCUCUUCUCGGCGCUAGCUCUUGUGAGCCUUUCAUCCUUCAAUGUUUGGGCGCAUGUUACCACGGGGAGAGAGCGAUAUGGAGUCAUUGGCUACGGCGUGGUAAUGUACGAUCCCCCAUGUGCCUUUGGCUGCAUCGACACGGUCAAGAGUUGGACUCUUGACUGCAAAGACGAUCAUGGCAUGGGCGAACACUCAAGCUCAAUGCACAUGGCUGCUGCAACACCCGAAUGCAAGGCUACCAACGAUCCCUUCCUCCAGACCAUGGCCUGGUGCUUUCACACUCAUUGCGCCGACGAAAAGAAUUCGACCCUGGAGAACAUCUGGGAGAUGGACAUCGUUGGUCGACUCAAAAUUCAGCCAUCUCCCAAAUACUCCUAUCAAGUCGCUCUCUCGCUCGUCUCCAAGGACCCUCUUACUGAAGUGGUCGACUCGGAGGAAGUGCUCAACAGAACGUCUCUGGUGGAUGAGGAUGCGUGGCUUGCCAACUUUAACGGCGACAAUGGGUUUGAACAGAUGGAGAUUCUGGCCGAGAGAUAUGGCAUCGUUCUCAUGGCUACCUGCGUCAUCAUCCCCGUCGUCUUCUCCUGGCUUCGCUUCCUCCCAGUUCCUCAGUCACUCGUGUCCAAGUUCUACGCCACCAUAAUUGACCCUCCGCUGUUUGGACAAUACCAUGCCGUGCCCGUUCUUGGACUUGGCUUCGUUCCUACGCGUGGCCAGGGACUUUUCGUCGCCUACAUCUGGAUCAUCAACAUCAUCCUUUCGGCUGUUGGAUAUAAAGUCCGAGAUCCCAUGUCCUGGUACGGAUCCCUCGAGCAGCAGCUUAUCGCCUACAUUAGCAACCGUGUGGGACUCUUGAGCUUCGCCAACCUCGCUCUCGCUGUUCUCUUCUCGAGCCGCAACAACCUCCUCCUGUUCGUGACCAACUGGUCUCAUUCGACGUUUCUCCUCAUCCAUCGCUGGAUCGCUGUCAUCUGCAUAUUACAGGCAUGCUUGCAUUCUGCAAUCUACCUCCAAUUCUACCUUGAUCCUUUGACAGGCGAGGGCGCUUACGCGGAGGAGUCUAAGCUGGACUAUUGGAUCUGGGGUAUCGUAGCGACCUUGGCGUUGGUCCUGCUUAUGCCCUUCUCCAUUCUCCCGCUGCGGCAAAAGUUCUACGAGGCCUUCUUGGCAUCUCAUAUCGUUCUUGCGCUCCUUUCCAUGAUUGGCUGCAUGCUGCACAUUUUCUACCGAUAUGAAUGGCAGUGGGGAUACCAGACCUGGAUUUGGAUCACCUUUGCUUUCUGGAUCUUUGACCGUUUCCUUGCUAGGCCAUUGAGAGUCGUGCAAAACGGUGUCAAGAGAGUCAUUGUCACCGUCAUCGACGAGGACUACCUUCAACUCACCAUUCCCGGGGUUGAGGCUGAAGGCCACGUUUACCUCUACUUCCCAACUCUCACAUGGCGCUUCUGGGAGAACCAUCCCUUCUCGGUGGCUGCACUGUCUUUUGGUCCUACCCAUUCUCCGAAGACCCAAUCACAUACUGGCACACCACAUCCAACGAUUGAGUACUCGAACAUCAUCUGUGUGGCAGGUGGCGUUGGUGUCACAGGUGUCUUGCCCUGUUUGGACCGCAGCCCAAGCAUCAUGGGUCUCCAAGGCAAGAAGAAGCUUUUCUGGGGUGUCAGGACUGAGCCCCUGGUGCAGGCGGUUCGGGAUAUCAUUCCACAAGUUCACCAUGCCGAGACCGGUCAGGAGAAUUGGAAUGGCUUUGAUGUUUCCAUCUCGGUCGGGAAGCGUUUCAACCUCAGCGCUGUACUUACGGAAGAACUUGGAGGUAUCACAGGUGGCACUACGGUGGUUGUCUGCGGACCAUCUGGUAUGGCUGAUGAAGUCAGGGUCGCCGUGACGGAGCUUGGAAAGAGGGGUUCUGUCGUGAGGUUGAUCGAGGAGAGUUUUGCUUGGUGAUGUAGCCUAUGAAGACGUGUUCCUGUUUGUAGAGUGGGCAGAGUGGGCAUCUUCAUCGUCAUAGGCGUCAUGCAGCUUCCACACUUUACUUUGAUCUGGAAGGAAACCGGUCGCCCUGUCUCCCUAACCUCGCCUCGAUUGGUGACUGGCCCGUCACCUCAGCCCCUCCCGACUGAGCGUUCAGACUAGCUGGCUUCGAAGCCAGGGAUCGUGAUGAUCUAGAUCUCUUUAGAGAGGAGCUCUUUUUUUCCAUCGGAGGCGCCAUGUUUGAAUCCAUGGUAGAACGGGAGCUGGUGCAGCUAAAGGGGAAAUGGACAGACAAGGUGACACCGGCUCACCGCUGAACCUGUUGUGCUCUUCUUAUCUAGGCAAUCAGCUCAUGUUCAACAAAAGGAACACCGCGCCAGAGGACAAAUGCCCGGAGCGAUGACCAGAUCAGGUAAUGUAUAGCCGACGAACUGAUGCCCAAGACCUUAUAAUCCCUGUCACAAAGAGGGGGGCCGAUAAUGCCGAGUUAUCGCAGCCAGGUACAAGAUUUCACGCAGAUUGUCCCCGCUGAAAAGGCACUCAAUACCAUAAACAUUGUUGUCUC